UUUUGCACCAGCCUUCAAAGUCCGCUCAGUCAGGCGGCCUCGUUCCGUGGGUGCGUCGUCGCGUGGGGACGGCGGCAGCCUCCUCGAGCGGGCGUGUCGUCUCCUCGCGCCUCGCCGAGUCGCCUGGAGCGUUUCUCCGCGCCUGGAGGGCAGAGUCACAUCGCCCACAGAUGUGACUCUUGCCUUUCCGCCAACAAGCGCGACGGCUCAGCCCUCCUCUCCGUGACAUACACAACAACCCUUCACAACAACACACAAAACAGAAUAAAACCCCACACUUGGGCGGUAAAGCCACACAAACCGAGGCAACAGGACCGGUGGGGGGCGGCGGCGGCAAGAGCCGGAAACCGGGACCACAAGGAGGGAGGGAGAGAGCGAGCGAGCGUGGGGGGAACCCCGGGAGCUGCCCAAGUUCUCUCUCUCGGAAAAGGCGCCGUCCCCCAGACUUUCUCCCUUCCACGGCGGGUUCCGUGCCCCCUCCCUUUCCCGGCUUCUCUCUAGCGGCGCCUGGACGCCUUGAACUGAUAAGGAAGAGGAGAAGCCGCCGCCGCAGCAGGACAGCGUGUGCAGCCGCUCCGAGAAGGAACCGGCCCGGGAGGAGGGGUGCGGUGCGGUGCGGUGGUUGGGCUGGAGAGACUCAGACUGAGAAGCGUUCCCUGGCCGGAGCGGCGGCGUUGCAAUUGCUCCCAAUAAUAAAGUUCCCUCCGUCUGUGUUUGGGCGGGUUUUUUGACAGCUGGGCGCAGGCGGCCUCUCUUGGAUCUCCCGGGUUUGCCCAAGAAAAAGUUUCCCAUUUCUACUCCCCACCUCCUCUCCCUCUUCCCCAAGACCAAUAACAAGCAGCUCUGAGGUACAGUAGCGGAGGGAGGGAAAAGGGGGGAGAGCAGGAGCAGGCAGGAGGAGGAGGAAAGGGAAGCACCAUCGUGUUGUUUCAGUUUUGGGACAAGCUCCCCCCCCUUCCCUUUCACCCAACCUGUGGAAGGAGCAGCUUCAAAUUUCUCGCCUCUUGACCCCAGCAAACCUUCUGCCCCCGCCUCGCCGCUGAAGUUUGGGGUGUGAAGACCUGAGAGACUCUAUUUUUUUUUUUUUUUGCGAAUCACCUGGAGAGUUGCUGAGAUCUUGAAAAGAGCAAAACUUGCGGGCGGGGUGGGGGGGCAGGCGGCGAAAGUUGCAGCGGGGGGGUGGAAAGAGAAGCAAGAGGAAGGAAAGGCCGGUGCAGGCGCUGCCGCUGCGAGGAGUUCCAGAGCCAGGGGGUGCACUUGACAAGCAGCAUGCAGAGAUGUCAGAAGAGGCAGAAGUGGAUGUGAGAGACAGAGACACUCAGAGACACACACAGCGAAAGAGGGCAAGAGACUUGACUUUAAGAGACUCCUGCACUGACAACUCCAUGCAGUUCGGAACAAGAACAGCAACAACCGAAUCUGGUUUCAUGGGGACAUGGCAGAACGCCGACACUAACCUCCUAUUCAGAAUGUCCCAGCAGGCAAUACGCUGCACAUUGGUAAAUUGCACAUGUGAAUGUUUCCAGCCAGGGAAGAUAAAUCUGAGAACCUGUGAUCAGUGUAAACAUGGCUGGGUGGCACAUGCUUUGGACAAGCUUAGCACCCAGCAUCUGUACCAUCCAACUCAAGUGGAGAUUGUACAAUCCAAUGUUGUGUUUGACAUCAGCAGCCUGAUGCUCUAUGGUACCCAGGCUGUGCCAGUGAGGCUGAAGAUAUUGCUAGAUCGUCUCUUCAGUGUAUUGAAGCAAGAAGAAGUGCUACACAUCUUGCAUGGUUUGGGGUGGACACUUCGGGACUAUGUUCGGGGCUACAUCCUUCAGGAUGCUGCAGGCAAAGUGCUGGACCGCUGGGCCAUCAUGUCCAGGGAAGAAGAGAUUAUUACCCUUCAGCAGUUUCUGAGGUUUGGAGAAACCAAAUCCAUUGUGGAGCUGAUGGCAAUUCAAGAAAAAGAAGGGCAGGCUGUGGCUGUGCCAUCUUCAAAGAUGGACUCAGAUAUAAGGACUUUUAUUGAAAGCAAUAAUCGAACAAGGAGUCCAAGUCUCCUCGCUCACCUGGAGAACAGCAACCCUUCCAGCAUUCAUCAUUUUGAAAACAUCCCCAACAGCCUAGCAUUCCUGCUUCCAUUUCAGUACAUAAAUCCAGUGUCUGCUCCACUGCUGGGCUUGCCUCCAAAUGGUCUCCUGCUGGAACAGCCAACACUGAGACUGCGUGAACCAAGUCUUUCGACACAGAAUGAAUAUAAUGAAAGUAGCGAAUCUGAAGUUUCCCCAGCUCCUUUCAAGAAUGAGCAGACAGCAAGCAGGAAUGCCUUGACCAGCAUCACAAAUGUGGAGCCCAAAUCUGAGCCAGCUUCUGUGUCCCCAGUUCAGACAUCUACCCCUGUCAAUGAUUUAGCCAAACCUGAACAUCCCAAAAGCUCUUUCAGAAUGCAUAGAAUUAGGAGGAUGGGAUCAGCAUCACGGAAAGGAAGAGUUUUCUGCAAUGCAUGUGGCAAAACCUUUUAUGACAAAGGUACUCUCAAAAUCCACUACAAUGCAGUCCAUCUUAAGAUAAAGCAUAGGUGUACUAUUGAAGGUUGUAACAUGGUCUUCAGUUCUCUUAGAAGUCGUAACCGUCAUAGUGCUAAUCCCAAUCCCCGACUUCAUAUGCCCAUGCUAAGGAACAAUCGAGACAAGGAUCUGAUCCGUGCUACUUCUGGUGCUGCCACCCCUGUUAUAGCAAGUACAAAGUCCAACCUAACGUUAACAAGUCCCGGUCGACCUCCAAUGGGUUUUACCACUCCCCCACUAGAUCCUGUGCUACAAAAUCCUCUACCUAGCCAACUUGUAUUCCCAGCUUUAAAGACUGUCCAACCUGUUCCUCCUUUUUACAGAAGCUUGCUUGCACCUAGUGAGAUGGUGAGUCCACCAACUUCAUUACCUACCAGUCCUUUAAUGCCAGCAGCUGGUACAGUAGACCAGCCUCCCGCUCCACCUUCAGAAUCAACAGUACCUGCAGUGAUGAUGCCCACCCAUGAGGCAAAUGCUGAUCUUGCCCCAAAGAAAAAACCAAGAAAGUCAAGCAUGCCUGUGAAAAUAGAGAAGGAAAUUAUUGACACCGCUGAUGAGUUUGAUGAUGAUGAAGAUGACGAGGUUAAUGACAACAGAAGUGUGGUUAAUGAUGGUGGCCAUGACAAUCACUGCCAUUCUCAGGAAGAAAUGAGCCCAGGAUUGUCUGUGAAAGACUUCUCAAAAAAUGGGAGAAACAGGUGCAUAUCUAGGACAGAGCUAAGAAGAACAGAUAGCAUGACAUCAGAAGAGCACGAGAGAGACUAUGAAAAUGAAUCAGAAUCAUCCGAACCAAAAUUGUGUGAGGAGUCCAUGGAAGGGGAUGAACACAUGAUGCAUGAAAGACACAACAAAUCUUUAAUGAAUCACCACAGGCCAGAUGAGAACCACAGUGAAGCUUCCCACCAGGAUGAAGUUAAGAUCAAGGAAGAAUUUACAGAUCCUACGUAUGAGAUGUUUUACAUGAGCCAAUAUGGACUUUACAAUGGAGGUAGUGCCAGUAUGGCUGCACUCCAUGAAAGCUUCACUUCAACCUUCAACUAUAACAGUCCCCAGAAAUUCUCCCCAGAGAGUGAUUUGUGCUCAAGCCCAGACCCCAAGAUCUGCUAUGUGUGCAAGAAGAGUUUCAAAAGUUCCUACAGUGUGAAGCUCCACUAUAGAAAUGUUCAUUUAAAAGAGAUGCAUGUCUGCACAGUGGCUGGCUGCAACGCUGCCUUCCCCUCACGUAGAAGCAGAGACAGACACAGUGCUAACAUAAACCUGCACCGUAAACUCUUGACCAAAGAACUGGAUGACAUGGGACUGGAUACUUCUCAGCCCUCACUUAGCAAGGACCUCCGUGAUGAAUUUUUGAUGAAGAUCUAUGGUGCCCCACAUCAGAUGGGGCUUGACAUAAGAGAAGACACAUCCUCCCCAGCAGGUACUGAGGAUUCCCAUCUGAAUGGGUACGGAAGGGGUAUGUCAGAAGAAUACAUGGUGCUAGACCUGAGCACCACCUCCAGCAUCCAGUCUAGCAGUAGCAUCCAUUCCUCAAGAGAAUCUGAUGCAGGGAGUGAUGAGGGGAUUCUCCUUGAUGAUGUUGAUGGGGCAAGUGACAGUGGAGAAUCAUCACACAAAGCUGAUGCCCCAGCCUUAGGAGUUGGCAUGGCUGCUGAAGUUCCAGGAUCCCUCCUGCUUAACAGUGUUUCCAUGAACAACGGGGGGAUCAUGUGUAACAUUUGCCACAAAAUGUACAGCAACAAGGGGACUCUCAGGGUGCAUUACAAGACUGUGCACUUACGAGAAAUGCACAAGUGCAAAAUCCCUGGGUGCAACAUGAUGUUUUCUUCUGUCCGCAGCCGGAAUCGACACAGUCAGAACCCUAAUCUGCAUAAAAACAUUCCCUUCACUUCACUAGAUUAGUUCAAAGAUGGACACAGUAAAUGCCAGCUCUCACAGAGGGCCUUACUUCUUUGAACUGCCAUUUACAGACUAUUAUAUAAAUAUAUAAAAAUAUAAAUAUAAAUAUAUAUCUUUUUUCCCCUUUUUUAACAAGACAGAAAAAGACCAGGUGCUUUUUUUUUUCCUUUUUCUAUUUUUUCUUUUUCUUUUUUUCUUGUUCAUUUUUUGUUUUGUGUUGGUUGGGGUAGUAUCUUUAACCUGGGAGAAAAAUUUCCACUGCUAAAAAAACAAAAACAAAAAAACAAAAACAAACUUGCAUUUUAAAGCCCCACUUUUGUUAUAAAAUACGUGGUCAUCUCCAAAGAGAGACUGUCCUUCUACUCAUGACUGUUGUCUGCAACCUUAGAAAAGGAAAGGGGAAAAAAUGGAAAAACCCGAGGAAACAAAGCACUCCGGAGGGAGAAAAAAAACAGAGGGAGAGAACAACUUCAGUUGUCUUCGUGUAUUUUAAAUCUUUGAGAGAACCGUCAACUACGCAUGGCUGUUACCCUUGUAUAUAUUGAGCCUUGAAGGGCCCAUGAUGUAAAACAAUUGUAUUGAUGGUGGUUUAACUUUUUUGUUUUGGGGUUUUUUUACAUUUACAUUUACAUCCAGCUGUUAGAUAUGCGGGGGGAAAUAGUUUGCUGGCUAGCUCUAUUCAUUUAUAUUAGCUUCAAUGCACAUUUUUUUUUAAAAAAAGAAAGAAAACACAAGGUCUUGUUUUUUAACUACCUGCUAGAGAUGCUUAAUGAGGAGGUGCUGGCAUGCUUUAGAGCACCUGAUCUGAUACAGUUUUGGGGUUUUUUUAAUGGGUUUUUUGUUGGUCUUAUUACUAGUACAUAAAUCCAGUCAUGCACUUUUUUCUUACACAAUGUGGGGAUGUGUAAUAAUAUCCAUGCCCUUUUUUUCCCUUAAAAGUAUUGCCAUACUUUCAGUGUCUUAUUAAUUAAGAAAAACACACUUUGUUAGAAGUGGUCUGGUCAGUAUGGGGGCGAGAAUAUUGAACAAAAAAUGUUAGUGUUAACACAACACUGCCAACUUUGCACAAGUGUUCAGUAACCAAAAUAUAAUCUGCUAGCAUAGCCACAGGCCAAGAUCCUAGGAAUUUGGGAGCAAGGAAAGAAUAUAAAGAAAUAUUUCUCUCUCAAUAUUAUCUAGAUCUGAAUUACAGGAUUACAUGGUACAGGACAAUGGAGGCAUUUCUGCGAAAUGGUGGGUUUUCAGGAAAGAAGUACCAGAGGUUUUAACUAAAUAUUACAGGGGACACAGGACUGUUGCUGACCUUUCCCCCACACAAGGCAUCUUCCUGGUAACAUUGGGGAAAGCAACACAUGAUAUGAUUUCGUAACAUUCAACAUUUCCCCUCCAAUUCAUUGGCUGCCACUUACAGAAAGGGUGGAAAUGUUGAACCUAACAACAUAGCAUGUGUAUCCCCCCCGCCCCGCAAAGAUCACAGAGGAGAGACAUUGCAGAAGGGUUGGCAGAAGCCACACUUCCUUCCUAAUGUUUAGUUAGUACCUCAGUUACUUAAGGGCUGGGCACAAAUCUCCAGAAAUGAAUUUUUGUGUUCUCUACUGAAGACUUGAGCUGUCGUUGCAUUAAAAGAAAAACAGUUCCAACCUCUGCAAAGUUGUCUGUUGUGCACUAAAAAGUGCUAUAGUAUGAUUAAGGCAUGUUUUUAUAGAAGCAAUCAAAAGCCAUUAAUGGCACAAGCACUUAAAGCUUGGAAAAUAUGUGCUGUUCAUUUUAUUGGGUAACUUCCCCUUUGGAGGAAUCAGAAGCUGGUGUUGGGAGGGUGGGGGG